AUGGGGCUGUUGAGGGCCAUGAUGCCGCCCAGGAUCCAGCUUCUGGCCGUUCUGGCGUUUGGAGUGGCGAUGCUCCUCAUAGAGAACCAGAUUCAGAGACUGGACGAGUCCAGAGCCGAACUCGAGCGCAUCAUUGCCAGGCAUGAGGUGGCUGAGGUAGAGCUCCGUCACAGUGAAGAUGGCUGGGGGCGGGGGCUGGCACCUCUGGCUGAAAACGAUGACAUGUUCAUCAUCUACAACAGAGUUCCCAAAACAGCCAGCACGUCCUUCACUAACAUCGCCUAUGAUCUCUGCAGUAAAAAUCUUUUCCAUGUCCUGCAUAUCAACACAACCAAGAACAACCCCGUCAUGUCUUUACAGGACCAGGUGCGCUUUGUUCAGAAUGUCACUGCGUGGAGAGAGAUGAAACCUGGCUUUUACCACGGCCACGUAGCUUAUCUGGACUUUUCAAAAUAUGGAGUGAAGGGUAAGCCAAUGUACAUAAAUGUUGUGCGGGAUCCCAUAGAGCGCCUUGUGUCCUACUACUACUUCCUGCGUUUUGGAGACGACUACAGACCGGGCCUCCGACGAAGAAAACAGGGAGACAAGAAGACUUUUGACGAGUGCGUCUCCUCAGGGGGUUCCGACUGUGCUCCUGAAAAACUCUGGCUGCAGAUCCCCUUCUUCUGUGGUCACCAUUCAGAGUGUUGGAAUGGGGGAAGUAGAUGGGCCCUGGAGCAGGCCAAGUACAACCUGGUAAAUAAGUAUCUGUUAGUCGGAGUAACCGAGGAGCUGGAGGACUUCAUCAUGGUCCUGGAGGCAGCACUGCCACGCUUCUUUAAAGGAGCCACAGAGCUCUACAAAACAGGAAAGCGGUCCCAUCUGAGGAAGACCACCGAGAAGAAGGCCCCCACCAAAGAGACAAUAGCCAAGCUGCAGCAGUCCAACAUUUGGAAAAUCGAGAACGAGUUUUACGAGUUCGCCUUGGAGCAGUUUCAGUUUGUGCGCACUCACGCCAUCAGAGAAAAGGACGGUGAACUUUACGUGCUGGAACAGAGCUUUUUCUACGAAAAGAUAUACCCAAAAGUGAACUGAGAGGCGCUGCACGAGAACUCUGUGACUAGUUGUACACUGG